AUGAGUGAAGAUCAAAGUGCCACCGGCACUUCAUCCCUUGAGUUGCAGAUCGCGGCUUUGACACAAUCCGUGCAAUCCAACCAGGAAAGCAUCGGCAAUGCCACUCGUUCCAACGCCAUCAAGGCGGCCCGAGGUUUAUUGAGUGCUUUGGUGCCUCCACCGGAAACGGUGAUCCAAGAUGUCGCUCUGAAUUGCGCAUUGCCCAUGGCCCUCCGUAUGGGUGUCCAAUUGGAGGCAUUCAAGAUGAUUGCCAGCAACCCCAGUCAAGGGACAACAUCGCAGCAAAUCGCGGAAAAGUCUGGGGGCAGCGUGAUUCUCGUCGAUCAGAUCAUGCGACUGCUCACAGCCGCUGGGUAUGCGCUCGAGGACGAUGUCCAAACAUACAGGCCAUCCCCCCUCACAAUGGUCAUGGCAGACCCCACUAUCGAAGCCACAACCAGAGUCUGUUUCGAUGUGGGCCAUUUCUGUACCACCAGUGCCCCGGCAUUCUUCCGUAAGAACAACAACCAAUAUCCCAGCUCUGCUAAGGACACGCCUUUCCAAUUGGGCUUGAACACAGAGCUCAGCUAUUUCGACUGGCUAGGCCAGAACCCAGAGCCGGCCAAGGAUUUCCAACAGUGGAUGACCCUGAAGCAGCAAGCGACUCCGAAUUGGAUUGACUGGUUUGACCUGCAAGGCACCAUUGUGAAAGACUUCCGAAGCGAACGCGCAGAUGACGUGUUGCUGGUGGAUGUUGGCGGUGGUGAAGGCCACUAUUUGCAUGCAUUGAACCAAAAAUUUGCAGAUCUCCCCGGACGUCUGGUUCUACAGGACCUGCCCCAGGUCAUCUCGAGCAUUGCGGAUCCGCCUCAACGGACAGAACUGAUGGCUCAUGACUUUUUCACGCCGCAGCCGGUGAAAGGGGCACGAGCAUAUUACAUGCACUGGAUUUUGCAUGACUGGCCCGAUGACCAGGCCCGUAUCAUCCUAAGCAAUAUUGUCGAAUCCAUGGAGCCAGGGUAUUCCCGUCUUAUCAUUAACGAGCAGAUCAUCCCCGAUCGAGAUUGCGAUCUUCCCACGGCCUGCAUAAGCAUCAUGAUGAUGGUUCAGGUGGCCGCCUUCGAGCGAACGGAGAAGCAAUGGCGUGAGCUCCUGACUUCAGUGGGGUUGAAGGAUAUAGCUUUCCACCAAGCCCCGGGAGGUGGUGAGGGUAUUAUUGAGGCCAUUCGAUAG